AUGCCUCCCAAGGGCGCAAAACCUACCAGCGAUGAGCUGCUGGCUCAGUUCGAUGACCUCGGCAUCGAGCAGUCCGACAAGAAGCCAACAAAGCCUGCUGCUGCUGCUGCUGCUGCUGCUGCCACAACCGACAAUGCACAGGGCGAGCAGGAAGACGUCUUAGCUGAGCUGGAGAAGCAAGCUUCCCAGCGGCCAAGCAGUGGCCCAGGUACCCCACGCCUAUCCGCAGACAAGACACGCUCCGCGACUCGAUCUCCUCGUCUUAGCGCCACGAUCGACCGAAGCGGUGAGGACAAGAGUCGGUUGUCAUCAGAGGUCCCUCGCCCGAGCGCACAGGAAGAACAGCAAAGGCAGGAGCCCGAGCCUGCUCCCCAGCAGCAAGAACAGAGUCAGGGUGGUGGUGGAUGGUGGGGAGGUUUCUUUGCUGUAGCCGGUGCUGCUGUGAAGCAGGCCGAAGCUGCUGUCAAGGAAAUCCAGAACAACGAGGAAGCCCAGCGGUGGGCGCAGCAAGUCAAGGGCAAUGUGGGCGCUCUGCGAGACUUUGGCGGCGAGCUUCGCAACAUGGCCAUCCCAACAUUCACCAAUCUGAUCCAUACCCUCGCCCCUCCGAUCUCCUCGCAUGAACGCCUCCAAAUCCACAUCACCCACGACCUCUCCGGCUACCCAGGCAUUGACCCGCUCGUCUACUCUGUUUUCUCACGGGUGAUGUCCCAAGUAGAAGGCGGCGACCUCCUCGUGAUCCAGCGUGGCCAAGAAUCUGCACCAAAGCGCGGCCUCGACGUCGGCGGCUAUAUGUCUAGCACUGGCUGGAAUGAUGGGCCCUGGUGGCGCACCGUGACGCCCGGGACUCCGCGCACCAUCAACGCCGUGCGCGGUGCCAUCGAGGGCUCCAAGCUCGCCCGCGCCAGCGCCGAGAGCUACGCUACAGAAUACUUCUCCACGCGGGGCGGUAUCGAAGAAGCAGCGAAGCAGGCUAGCGAGGACCUCAGCGAGUCAAACCCCGUGCGCAGCAGCGAUAUCUUCAUCGCGAUCCAGGCUAUCAGCCAGACCGUGUCGGCGGACCUCUUCCAGGCUGGCGCAUCUGGCGAGAAAGCCGACACGCCCGGUGUGGUUGACCCCCCGGAGGCUGACGAGGAGAUUGUGUUCGCGCUGUAUCUGCACGACCCUGUGCACGGCAUUGCCUUCCAUACUAUCUCGCAAAGCGUGCCGGCGAAAUGGAUCGAAUGGCUCGAUGCGUCGGCUCCCGUGUCCGAAGACCCAGACUCUGACGAGGAUCUUUCCCGUGCAGUCGUCCCCGAGGCUAUUGCCGAGAUCGUCGAGAGCGGCGGUGUCGAUCCCCGGGAGUGGGUCGCUGAGUGGGUGCAGGAGACGCUUUCGCUGGCUGCGGGUGUUGUUGCGCAGCGCUAUGUCGCGCGUCGUAUGGGUGUAGGCGAGGGUGGUGUUGGCAAGGGCAAGAUGCGGGCUGAGCAGGCUUCGACGGUGGAGAGUGGUGCUGGGGAGGCAGCGCGUGCGAUGUAG